AGUGUCUCAUACGAGCGGACCUAUACCGACACCGCUUGCUUGUUUUGUCGCGCACCAUGAGCAUAUAAAGAGUCUCGAGAGACAUUGGAGCUAGUCUGGAACAGAGAUGUUGUGAACGUCAGCGAUUGGCUCACAACUGUUCGAGUCGCUGGUCACGUCGGCAUCAAGCGCGAUAUCUUUCUACCACGGCGAGACACGGACCACUUUCGCAGUUCCAUCCACACCGUGCAUGGCACCCCCACCCACGAGAUUUGCUACAUGCGACGCUUUUUCUGGGGUAUCAGACAACCUUAUCGCCUCGAAACACGCAACGACGAUGGCUUCGACCAACCUCGACGACGGCACCUGGACGAUAGACGCGCUCAAGAUCAGGAUCAUAAGCCACCCACUAUUCAAGCAGCAUGGAAUGGAGAUGCCAGCAAAAAUACUAGAGCAGGAUCUCAAAAGUGCCGCCCGAUUCUUUGACCAACACGACUCGUCGAGUACGAUAGCGGACGGCAAGACCCCUCGACCACUGGAGUACCAGUCCUACACUGUCAACCCCGAUCUGAGACCUAUGGCUGCUGCAGCUGGCCUGAACAAUACUCAUGGAAAGGAGUUUAGCAAGGCUGUUCUCGCCCAGUGGUUACAGCGGUGGGAUGUCGAUCAUGCCCCGCGCAUGGCCAUGUUCCUGCCACGCCAAAAGAAGGAUGGCAAGUCUGUUGUCCCAAGGAAGAUUGUCCCGACACAAAACCAGCCUGAAAUGAAACCAGCAGAUUCUAGGAAACGCAAAACUGUGUCGACCAUGUCUUUCGUGCCACAGAAGCGCCAGAGCAGGACCAGAACGAUGGCCAAAGACGACGAUGUCGAGAUGCUCAACGAAGGCGACCUGAGUGACGACCGUUACCACACGCAGUCUACGCCGACAGCUGGCACGCUGACUCGGGAACAACGCCAGGAGAACACAAACUCUCAUGAGUCUCGAACCAGCCGAACGAUUGCUACCGAGACACACCUCGACGCAAGCAAACACAGGGUGCUACGAGCGCGCAAACUGGUCGCCGAGGACCAAGACCACGAUCCUACAGACGAUGCCACGGGCCGCAUCGGUGAGGAAGACAAUGAUAUAGUUGAAGCUGGUACCGAACAGUCGCAAGGGUUCGCUGGGAGACGACGCGGCCCUGGACUGAAGGUGACCAGGAGUCGAAAAGCUCGGAAGAAAGCCACGAGAGCUGGCGCGACAAAGACUGUGGAGCAACUAGCAGAUGAACAGCAGCAGAAAGAUGAUGAAGAAGAGCUGAGGAUCUACAACAAGCUUCAGCAGGGGCGCUAUUCUGAUCCUCUUCUCGCAGACACCUAUCGUGUCAGGAACAAGACAGUCCUUGCGCGUAUGGAAGGGCACGUUCGACCUGGUGUUAAGCCGGCACCUAGCGAACAACUGGGCACACGACGCCUCUACGAGCGUGAGGUAGACCAAGCAAAGGAGGAAGGACGGGAUCUAGACCUCUGGAUGGGUGGACCCUCGCCUUGACGUGCUUCGUAGGACGACAUUAGGAAACAACUUCAAGAAGAAGGAUAGUAGAAUCUGGCUCCGAUUCGUUUAUGUGGUUGACACCGGUGUGGAAGGACAAAGGAUAGGCUUUGUUUGUUCAGAAUGGG